AAACGCGCAUGCGCGGUGAGGAGGUUUACAACAGUUAUGGAUACCUUUGCGGCAGCAACAUAACAGCGUACACCAUGUUUACCAAAUCGACAUGGGGCCAAGUGAUCACAGCCUUUUCUGCAAGAAAUCUGCAGUAAAUUCUGAAGGUAUUUCCAUCGUGAAGAUUAGAGGAGCGUCUAAACAAGCAGGAGAUAAUUCAGAGCAGAUGGAGGUGAGUGAGCAGAGACAAGACCUAAAUGAGGAGGACGAGAAAUGCGACUUUGAGACACAAGGAGCAGAAACGAAACAUCUGCACAGCUGUCCUCAGUGUGGAAAGAGUUUUGCAAGCAAAGGAAACCUAAACAUGCACAUAAAGACUCACUCUGGAGAGAAACCGUACAUCUGCGCUGAAUGUGGAAAGAGUUUCACACGACUAGAUAAUUGUAAACAGCACCAGAAAACGCACAAUGAAGUGAGAGAACAUGUGUGUUUGGAUUGUGGGAAGAGAUUUAAUCAAGCUGGCAAUCUGAAAAGACACCAAAGGAUUCACACUGGAGAGAAACCCUACAAGUGCUCAUAUUGUGAGAAGAGUUUCAGUCAUUCGGGACACUUGAAAUCACACGAGCGAAUUCACACUGGAGAGAAGCCGUAUCACUGUACUCAGUGUGGAAAGAGCUUCAGGUGUAGUUCUGGUCUCAGUUUUCAUCUAAAUGUUCACACAGGAGAAAAACCAUACAAGUGCUCGUAUUGUGAGAAAAGUUUUGCUUGGUCCGUAAACCUGAAAUCACACGAGCGUGUUCACACCGGAGAGAAGCCGUAUUACUGUCCUCCAUGUCAGAAGAGUUUCAGAUGGUCACAAAAUCUUUUCAAACACAUGAAGAAAUGUAAGUCAUCACAGUGAGGAGGGUUUAGCUUUCAUUUCAAAUUCAUUCAGUAACAUUAAGACGAGAAUCCUGAUCUCUGUUGAUAUAUUUAUUUUAUUUUUAGAUGAUCAUCAUCAUUUCUAAGGGCGCUUUCACACCUAGACAUUUGUUUCGGAACCUGUCACUUUUGCCCAGUUAGCGCGGUUCGUUUGGCCCAUGUGAAUCCAGCAAUUGCUCUCGGAUCCAAGCCAAAUUAUUAAUCCGAGAUCACCUAAGGGUGCUUUCACAUCUGUGGAUCAAUUCUUUUGUUCCGAAACAGGGAUUAAAAUUGUUACAAUGACUUUGUUUACAUGGACAUCAGUAAUCGAAUUGUUUGCUUUAAUUAAGAGAAUAAUACGACUAAGGUGUUUACAUGAGCUGCUUUUUGAGUGGUUCCUGUUUUAAAUGUUAUAACACAUAAUUCGUUUAACAUCAUUGCGUCACCGCGCUAUUCGCAUUUCCUCCGGAGUUUCAUGUAAUUUCGGGUGUUUCAUUUUUCAUUUGCUGACUUUAACUGCAGUUUGACACUUUCACUUUCAUUCACGAACAUUUCAUGCAUGCCCCCCAUGACAAACGAGAUAUUGGAUGCAACUGGAAGAGUGUUGUUUUAAUGGAAGUUCAUACCGCAUGCUAAAUGAUAGAAAAAACCUCCGCAUUUCACGAUGCAGGUGUCUGUGGUCUUCACUGACUGGGUAGGUGCAAAGAGUGUCAAACAGCCAUGUGUGUGUGUGUGUGUGUGGACUAUCCUGUCGCAAAACGCAGCGAAAAGUCUAUGACGGUAAUAGUUCGAUUAAGGUGUUUACAUGUCUGUACUGCACUUCAAUUGUGCGACUAAAAUCGGCAUACUCCACAUGUCUUAAUUUGAUUUCUCUUUAGUUCGAUUAUGACCUUAAUCUGAUUAAAUUAAUCAAUAAUCGCUGUUUACUUGGUUAACUCUUAAUCAGAGUAUUGUCUUACUCGCAUUAAAAUUGAAUGAUUGGUGUCCAUGUAAUCGUACUGAUUGUUUAUUUUUGUUUUUGGUGGGGUUCACUUUCACGUGGCAAAGUUUCUAAACUUACCAAAAUCGUUUAAACAAGCCACGUGCGAGUAAACGCUCCUCACAUUGGUCAGAGUUUUACGGUUUAUUUUUCAGAGUCCCGCUCAGCUGUCAUGCUUCAUUAUUUUAAUUUAUUACGAUGAGCAAUAAGACAUAAGCGAAAAGCUGCACUUUCAUUUUCAAUGGUGACACCCAAAGACAUCGUCACCAAAUAUAACUCAGAGGUAUGACUUUUGGCUUAUGCAUUAUAGGCUUUACAUUAUAGAGAGAAACCAAGACUGCUGUUUGGUCAGUUUACCUAACAGAUAAACAGCACAGUAAUAUUUGCUUUCAGUUUCGUAUUCGACAUGAAACACACAUUUACCAGUAGGAAGGAUGACAUCCCGUCUUACUCAUAAUUCUCUCUUCAUAUAGCCGUAUAUAUGCCUAUUACAUAUCCAUAAUACUCUGUGAUACAGCCUGGUUCAGAUCGUAUUGCUUUCUCAAUACAAUCGAUCCGCUCCAGUUUGUUUCAAUUUGAGCCGAGACCACCAUUGUUUUGGCGCGGAUCUGACCGUUGGAUUCACAUAUGCCAAAUGAAGUGCACUAACUAGGGAAACGAGACGGGUUCCAAAACAAAUGUCCAGGUGUGAAAGCACCCUCAAUGAGGUGGUCUCGGCUGGAUUGAAACAAACUCUGGAGCAGAUCGUUUGUAGUGAGAAAGCAAAACGAUUCAACGAACUAACAAACAGGCUAUAUCACAGUGUAUUAUGGUUGUGCCAAAACUUCAGUCUCAUAUGGCCUAGUGGACCGUGAGUGUGAACGUUGUUACUAUGUGGCAAAUAACUUUUGGGUUCGAAUCCUGACUUGUACAAAUACUCCGAAAUCAUGAUUUUAUUUAUUUUAAUCAUGUUACUGUUUUAUAGUGUCGUCUAGAUAGGAUACAGCUGACACGCUAUCAAUUUAGCAUCAUUUUUGUAACACUGUAAAACAAUUAUUAUUAUUUUUACAGUACUGUGAUAGUUGGGUUUAGGUUUUGGGUAGACGUUAAUAAAAUACAAUGGGGAAUUUAAUGAAUAAUAUAAAUAAUUUCUGUUAACUUGUGCCCAUAACCGUCUCUGAUCUAGCAGCAACCCUGUUUUAUGACCAAAACAAGACAUAUUUAUUCACAAAGUGUUCAUUCUGAUGUCAGACCAAUGUUGAAACAAAAUGAUACAAGAAUAAAGCAAUUCAAACUGAUAUUAAAGCAUUUCAAAAUAGCUGUAACAGCCUGGAUACGAACCCACUAUCCCAGUACGGUAGUCAGAAACCCUAACCACUCCACUAAAUCACUUGAAGAUUCGAAUCUACGAAGUGGGGUUUGAUACCUCAACUUGCUCAACUGUUCUUUGCUGAAACUGUUCCAGUGCAAUACAUGAAAAAAUGACCACUAGGUGUCACCAUAGAGGCGGGUUUCGAAACGUUUCGAAGCUUUGACACAUUUGCUUCGACUGUUUCAGUGUUUCACGAAGCCUCGCUUUGCCCACCACUAAUCUGGAGAUAGAUACAAUCCUUCAUUGACGCACACAUUUAGAAUUGUCUAUUUUUCGCUGUAACCAUUAAGAACUGUUUACCUGGAUCCCACCUUUUCUGGACGUGUGUAAAGAGUAUAAUUGCUGCAUUGGUGUACUGUAGGUGAGAUCGGCCUGCGAACUCAGCUUGAGUGUGAAGCCCUUCUGCCAUAGAACUGCAAACUAUCUUCAGUAAAUUUUUGGUUUUUAAUUGGAUCUUCUGAGUCUCCUCUUCAUCUGACACACCAGACUUUUUCUUUAACUGUUUAUUUUAAAUCCCAAUAUCACUUAUAAUGUCUUAUUGCUCAUCGUCAAAAAUUAAAGUCCAUGGGAUUCUGAAAAUAAACCCUGAAGCUCUGACCAAUGUGAGGAGAGUUUACUCGCAGUGAUUUCGGUCUGUUUAGAAACUUUGCCGUGUGAAAGUGAACCACACCAAGAACAAAAAUAAACAUUGUAUCAAUUUGAUUUCGUUUCGGAACAAAACGAUCGAUCUACAGGUGUGAAACGCACCUUGAAACAACACAUGAAAACGGACAAAUAAGAAGCGUCAAAUGUGUUCAUUUCACGAGUUCACACUUGCAAUCGUUUCAGUAUAAAGCGUAUUUGGCGUGCUGUCCGGGGAGAGGGCUCUGAGCUCGGGGAAGACACCCAAACUCGAGUUAUUCCUCUUAUCAGGAAACAGAGAGGAAUAGGGAUUCGAGCGCAGUAUAUAGCCCGGCCCCAGAACGCUCCCCCCGGGAUUGUAAUGCUUAAGAGGUGAGGUGACGGGGUGGUGGAGGGAUGCUAAAGUCGUAAGAUGCUGCAGGUAAGACAGCUUUGGUAUAUAUAGGGGUUUGGUCAAGAACUGAUUGGAUAAUAGAAUGAUUGUCAAUGACGUAUUUGAUACUGAAACUUCUGUGCGUGCUCCUCCCGAAAUUUGUUUACAAAACAUCACUUUGUAGAAAGAUUAAGUAAACCAUAUCAAAUGCUAUAUUAUAACAGUGUAAUUUUUAAGAACUAAUUCUGACUGGUUUAUUGCAUGAUUAAGGAACAAACUUUUUUAAAAACAACUAAUUAUAAACACUGCAGCUUGUAUUCUUUCUGCUGACCAAUGUUUUUACAUAAUUCGUAAGGUUAUGUUGUUGUAAACUUGACUAAGCUUUGAGCUGAUUGUGCUUGUAGUUUGAGGAUAAAAUAAAAACAAAUGAACUGGAA